UUGUGAUUUAACACAACAUUAGCAUAAUAGUACUGGACAAACUAUACAACAAAGAGCAAGGCAAACUCCAUCGUUGAUAGUAGUAAGAUAUACACAAGCGUGACCUUUUCUGUGCAAAGAAAAUACACUGGACAUGGCCUGUGCGGAUACAAACGAACAUUGUGAUUACUGGACAAAAAAUGGAGAGUGUCAGAAAAAUCCGGUCUACAUGAACCAGUCCUGCAAAAAAGCAUGCGGCCUCUGCACUGAAGGCUGUACCAACGUGUAUCCAGAUUCUAAUUGCUACUUUUGGGCGAAUAGGGCCCAGUGCACGACCAACCAGGCGUUCAUGCAUUUAAACUGCAAGAAAACUUGCAAAAUUUGUAAUGAUAACUCAGAAUCAUCAACGACAACAGCAAACACAACAAGGGCAACAAUAAAAGCACCAACAACAAAAGCACCAACAACAAAAUCACUAACAGCAAAAACACCAACGAAUACACCAACCAAGGCACCAACAACAAUAGCACCAACAACAAAAGCACCAACAGUUGAUACUUCAACAAAGAGACGUGUAACUCCGACAUCUAUAAACACCAGCCAUGCCCCAACGAUUACCGCCCUUACAAUUGGACCAAAUCAGCAUCAGGAUAGUAGUCACACAGAACCGGAGAGUACUCAUACUGCAUUGUACAUAAGUGUACCCUUACUCAUCACUGGCGUCAUUAUUCUUGUAGCCAUCGUUUGUAGGCGAAAAUUCAACGGACGCGACGUUAAGAAAGGACGAUCUGCUAUGAAUGGCUUGCCGAACACGACAGGGGGAAAUGGCUCAGAACUACCAAUUUAUUACACCAUAGAUGAUGACAAGACCGUAAGAUAUGAUGAGUCUCAAAAGGGUAAUCUGGCACCUACCCCUGGAGCAUACAUAUCGCCUGUCUACCACAUAACACCACAUACACAAGAGGCGUACGACUAUGUAGACGAAAGCGGGACACAGAACGAUCUCGGAUAUGAUGUGUCUAAACUACAUGGUCGAGCUGACAAUCAGUAUGAACAGGGAGAGUGUGGCACAGGAUACAAUGCGCUCAGAAUCGUACAAUCCAAACGUGGAACAGGGCAAAAUGAACAUUUCUAUGACAGUUGUGAUGACCAGUUAUCCAUGCAAGAUAAAAAGUCUCACAAUCCAUGACAUUGCUUUUAUUCGAGUCUAUUUAUCCUUGAUACAAAAUAUUCUUUAUUGCACAUGUGUAUGUGUGGCAUAAAUAUACAGCAUCAAAUAUCAGUAUCAAAUUGAAUCCCAUAUGUGACAGUUUUGUACAAUAUAUGCAGUUAAUCAGAAUUAUUUAAGCGAUCAGAACGGUUCCAAAGGGAGUUAUAUCCAUAUCGGAAAACAUAAACGACAAAGAAAAUC